CUCAAUAAACCCAGAGAGAGUAAAAAAAAUGACAGAAGAGGCUAAGCGAAUAACAGCAAUCAGCCAUGGUCUGACUUCGUUAACGUAAAAUUAUCCUCGCUGUAUGAGGAGUUUCUUCUUGUGUUUCAAAUAUGUCGGCGGAUAUUCUAAGAAGGAACCCUCAGGAUGAUUUUGAACUCAUCCAAAGAGUGGGGAGUGGCACAUAUGGAGAUGUUUACAAGGCCAGAGAUCUCAACACAGGAGAGCUGGCUGGCAUCAAAGUCAUCAAGCUGGAGCCAGGGGAUGACUUUGCUGUCAUCCAACAAGAAAUCAUUAUGAUGAAAGACUGUAAGCACCCCAAUAUUGUGGCCUACUAUGGGAGCUAUCUACGACGUGAAAAGCUAUGGAUAGCCAUGGAGUACUGCGGUGGAGGUUCUAUGCAAGAUAUAUACCACGUCACUGGGCCUCUUCCCGAGCCCACCAUUGCGUUUGUGUGCAGAGAGACGCUCAAGGGCCUCAACUACUUGCACCGGCGCGGCAAGAUGCACAGAGACAUCAAGGGUGCCAACAUUUUAGUCACUGAUGAAGGUGACAUCAAAUUAGCUGACUUUGGAGUGUCGGCUCAGAUUACAGCAACAAUGUGUAAACGCAAGUCUUUCAUUGGAACUCCAUACUGGAUGGCCCCCGAGGUGGCGGCGGUGGAGAGGAAGGGAGGCUACAACCAACAGUGUGACAUCUGGGCGGUGGGCAUCACGGCCAUUGAGUUUGCCGAGCUGCAGCCACCCAUGUUUGACCUACACCCCAUGAGGGCCCUGUUUCUCAUGUCCAAGAGUGGGUUCAAGCCACCCCAGCUGAAAGAUAAAAACAAAUGGUCGCCCGUGUUUCAACACUUCAUAAAAGUUGCCUUAACGAAAAACCCAAAGAAGAGACCGCCAGCAGACAAACUUGUGGAUCACCCGUUCCUGCAGGGCGACCUGAGCCGGCGGCUGACCAAAGAGCUGCUGGAGAAGUCACGGAACCCGACACACACCUACGACCUGACCGAGGAUGAGGAUGGGCUGUUGCAAGAUGCACCUAAAAGAAUCCCAUCCAACAGGACGUCUCGGCUGCUGGCCGCUACCAACAGUAUUGAACUAAAAGUGAACGUCAAUGUGGAACCUGGCAAGGACAACAAGCGGGACGGCUUGUCGCAGCCGUGGGACUGUACUGACGACGUCAACGAGGACAAGUUCAACACAGCCAAGCCCUGGCUGGAAGAUGAGAAGUCGAAAAAGAGUUUGCUUGAAUGUGUGGAGGAGGAGCUGUCCCAAAGAGGCCACAGGAGUAGUUUAAUUCUAGAGGAGGAUUUCACUCCACUUCAUGAGAAACCCACCUUACAGCUCAACUCCCCACCAGUUCCGCCACCAAAGCCUCCCCGGUCACUGGAGCCAGCCUUGGCACGAGAGAUUCGGAAACGACUCAGCAGCGGUGACAAGUCAGACGAGGCUGGACAUGACCUUGAGGAAGGUGAAGGUCAGGGGGACAGCGGUCAGGAGAUGGACGGGGAGUUUGUGAUAGACGACCUUGAGUCACUGAUUGACCGAAUGGUGACCUUGACCCCUCAGGCCUCGCAGCAGGGGUUGGGGGGAUUGUCGGCACAUACACAGGCUGCGGAGGAAGAAGAAGAAGAGGAAGACAGUGGUGAGGAGAAGUUUGUUCCCCCAUCCCUCCCCCCCAAGCGCCGACCGCCCCCGCCCCCUUCGUCCAACGGGGAGCUCGUCCACUCCCAGAACGGAGACUCCCCUGAGGGGCUGGGGGGAGAGGGGGGGAGUACGGUACCACCAGCCAUUCCACCGCGCCGGAAAGUGAAGAAAGAGGAAUCUGCCCAGUCUAGUCAACAACGCCCCGUCAGCAAUGGUCUUCCACCCACGCCUCAGGUUCAUAUGGGAGCUUGUUUCUCCAAAGUGUUCAACGGCUGCCCCCUCCACAUCAAUUGCACAGCCAGCUGGGUACACCCGGACACUAGAGAUCAAUUGAUAUUUAUCGGAGCCAACGAAGGACUCUACACCCUGAACCUGAAUGAGAUACACGAGGCGUCCAUGGAGCUGGUCCACGCCCGCAGAUGUAUCUGGCUCUACGCCAUCAAGGAUGUACUCAUGUCCCUGUCUGGCAAGACUCCGACGCUGUACCGGCACGACCUCAUGAUGCUGCACACCAGACAGAACAGCCGGUUCUCCUUACCCAUGAACAAAAUUCCAGAGAAGCUUGUACCCAGGCGCCUCCAGCCCACGGUGAAAGUCCCGGACACGCGGGGCUGCUUGCGCUGCUGUGUGGGCCGCAACCCCUACAACGGCUACCGCUACCUGUGUGGGGCGCUGGCCAACGGAGUCAUUCUGAUGCAGUGGUACGAACCACUCAACAAGUUCAUGUUGCUCAAGACAUUUGAGACGGAGCAGAUGCCAGCCCAGCUCCAUGUGUUUGAGAUGUUCAUCAGCCCAGAGCUGGAGUACCCCAUGGUCUGCUACGGUGUACGGAAAGGACACGACCGCAAUCACGUCAAGUUUGAUAUUAUCAACCUGAACAGCAUGACCAGCUGGUUCACAGACACAGACCCAGGCACAGCGGUCUCAGAAGCCCUGCCGGUGGUGAACGUGACACAGCUGGAGAAGGACUCUGUGCUGAUAUGUUACGACAAGUUUGUGAAAGUGGUCAGUCUCGGCGGGAAACUCAAGUCUAGCCGGAAACAGCAGGCAGAGCUACACUUUGACUGUGUGGUGGACUCGCUAGUGACCCUCCAAGACAGUGUCCUGGCCUUCCACAAGCACGGCAUGCAGGGCAGAAGCUUCAAGGCCAACGAGGUGACUCAGGAAAUUUGUGAUAAAACGCGGAAGUUCAGACUGCUUGGUUCUGACAGGGUGAUUUGCCUGGAGAGUCGACCCACCCCAGACCCCAGCGCUAGCUCCAACCUCUACGUUCUGGCCGGGCACGAGAACACCUACUGACCUCCGACGCCUGCAGGGAGGGAGACUGACCUCAGCCCAGCUCACCGUGCUCAGAUGUAGAGAGAGGCUUCGCCCCACUGCGAGUUGUCGUAGCAGUCACUGUUCUUGGUGGCUCUAGUGAUCCCCGUGUGCGUGUGUAUGUGUGUGUGUGUGUGUGAGAGAGAGAGAGAGAGAGAGAGCGAGCAAAAUGCUGGCGUAAUCGUUAGUGGUGUUUGGCCAUGAAACCAGGAGCUGUGAUGUUUUACUG